UCCUACUAUAGAAAACCAAGAAAAAUGGCAUUCAAGUUAAUCGUCCUCUCAGCUCUCUUGGCGAUAGCCCAUGCUGGCGGACCGGCCGCAUACGACAUUGCCACAGCAUCGGCCGAUCUCAGCAGCGUAGGUUACACUCAGGAGUCUACGCAGAAGGGCUAUGCAGGACAAAACGUCGUGUCGAGUUAUUCUAGAGCCGAAGACUCCGCACAUUCUUCGGUGCGCGUCAGCAACAGCCACGUUACCAACGAUGCAUUGACUUACGCAGCAGCACCAGCAGCAGUGAUCGCUAAGCCAGCUUAUACUGCGGCUACCUAUGCUGCUCCUAUAGUGACCAAAGCCGCACUUGCACCAGCGACUUAUACGACUUACGCUGCACACGCUACCCCAGUAUUAGCUAAGACAGCUUAUGCUGCUGCUCCAGCCUACAGUUACGCUGCACAUGCUGUUGCACCAGCCUACAGCUACGCCACACACGCUGCUCCAGUUUUGGCUAAGACAGCCUAUGCUGCUGCUCCAGCUUACGGAUAUGCUGCCCAAGCUACACCUGUAUUGGCUUCGCAACUCCAUGCAGCAGCUCCAGUCUAUAGCUAUUCCGCUCAAUCUGGCCCUGUCGUUACUAAAACUGCCUAUGGCACUUCUGCCUACGGAUAUGCUUCACCACUCGUAGCCAAGACUACCUACGCAGCUGCUCCACUUGUUACAAAAGCAGCUGUAGCUGCCCCAGCUGUAGUCACCAAAACUGCCUAUGCCGCCCCAGCCUACGCUGCCCCAGCUUACGCAGCAACCACCUAUGGAUAUGCCGCACACGCUACUCCAGUUCUUGCCAAGGCUACUUACUCUGCCCCUAUUGCUCACGUCGCUGCAACCCCUGUUAUCGCUAAAGCAGCACACGUUGAACCUGCCUACGGUUAUGCCGCAGAAUACGCUGCCCCAGUCGUACACGCCACUUUCACUGGAUUAGGCACUAGCUAUGCAUGGUAAAUCGUGAUAAACUCGACACCCACCGACCCGGCGACUUUUCUUAUUAUUUUUUUUUACUUUGCGUAUUUCUUCUUUCCUUCAUACAUCAUUACCGUGUAGACCUGAAAAAUACUCCAUUUUUAGAACACUGUGUUACUCGGAAUAAGGCUAAUUGAUAAUGAAAGAUGAUAUUGGUUUUAAGCGUUCAAUUGAUAUGUACAUAUUUCUUUGUUAGAUUUCUCUCGUUCGUUCUCGUUUGUCGUCUUUCUUAUUUUCAAAUUUACCGUAUUAUUGUAAUCAACUAAAAGUUGUUAUCCUACAGUAAUGUCAACGUUGUUAACGGAUGCGUACCAAAUCUUUAGUAGGAGUAGUGCAUAAGUAUUUAUAUUUAUGUUACCCUGAAUGCUAUGAUUUUUCCGUGUUUUCACCAUUCAAUUUGAUUUGACACAAAUAUAUUUACUUAUUCGAUAGU